AUGAAGAGUGAGAAUGAAACUUAUUCAGCGGACUUCAUUCUGCUGGGAUUCCUGAGCCGGACCAAUGUACACAUGUUCUCCAUGACCAUGAUCUUAUUAGCCUUCAUUGCCACUUUGUCUGGGAAUGCUCUUCUCAUACUUCUAAUCCAGGUGGACUCAUCCCUUCACACCCCCAUGUACUUUUUCCUCAGUCAACUGGCCUCUGUGGACAUCUGUCAGACCCUGAUUGUUGUCCCCAAAAUGGCAGCAGACUUCCUGACCCCAGGCAACCCCAUUUCUGCAGCUGGCUGUGAGGCUCAGAUUUUCCUUACGCUGACAAUGGGUGGAGCAGAGUGCCUCCUCCUGGCAGUCAUGGCUUAUGACAGGUAUGUAGCUAUUUGCAACCCCUUGCAAUACCCUCUCCUCCUGAGCAGGAGAGUCUGUGAGGGCCUGACAAGUGGGGUCUGGAUUGGGGCAUCUGUAAAUGCCUUAAUUAUUACAGCUUUUAUUAUGCACUUGCCCUAUUGCAGCUCUAAAGAGAUUAAUCACUUCUUUUGUGAGGUCCCAGCCCUGCUCAAAUUGUCCUGCUCUGACACAUCCCAAUAUGAGACUCUGCUGUUUGUGUGUAGCACCAUUAUGUUCCUCAUCCCUUCUUCCACUAUCCUAGCCUCUUACGCUCACAUCCUUGCUGCAGUCCUAAGGAUGAGGUCUACCAGACAGGAGAAAGCUCUGGCCACCUGCUCCUCCCACCUGACUGUGGUUUGCAUGUUCUACGGGGCAGGCAUCUUCAUGUACAUGAGACCCAGCUCCUACCACUCCCCAGAGCAAGACAAGAUUGUCUCUCUAUUUUACACCAUUGUCCCCCCAGUACUGAAUCCACUCAUCUACAGCCUGAGAAACAGGGAUGUGUUACAUGCCCUCAGAAAAUGGAUUGGGAAAUGCAGACACUUCCAGCAAGAUUGA